AUGGCCUACAAUGUCGCAAAGCUGCUGACAAUGACCCACACCGAGCUCGACGACCUCUUCAAGGGCGCCGAAGCCGGCCCCAUUCCGAACGGCGAUGCGGAAGGGACGGCAAUCGUCGCGGCGGGCACCCCCUUCACGCCCGAGAUCGCCCAGUUCAUUAGCAUCUUCGCCUGGCAGGGCAAGAUCUUCAAUGCACAGAAGAUGGUCCUUGUGAACAAAAUCACCGUGUUCGGCCUCGAUGCCAUCCUCGCUCGCAUCACCCGCGAGCCGAGCUGGAUCGAUGGUAAGGAAUGCAUCGUCCUCGACUACUCUCAGACCUCCUUCGUUGCCCACUGGGUACGCGAUGAGAUCCGCCUCAUCGGUCCCGGCCUCUAUCUUGGAAGAGUGUUCUGGGACCAGACCCAUCUUAUUUAUUUUGCGCUCCAGUUCUGA